AACCAAGUUUCUCUUUUCAAAUUCACUUCUAGAAAAUGUCGAGUGUUCAUGUUGGUGGUGUUGAGUGGAAGAUUUACAAUCCUCAAGGAAAAAGAAGAGUUCUAGUGACUAAGAAACUUGUAGGCGAUCGCUGGUUGCGAGAACUGGAGAACGCAGACUGUCGAGUUGAGGUAUGCGAUAGCAGAGAAAUCUUGACUAACCAACAAAUUGCUGAAGCCAUUGGGGAUCAUUGUAGUGCCGUGAUUGGACAAUUAACUGAAAAGUGGAAUGAAGACUUGUUUGGAAUACUUAAGAAAGCUGGUGGAGUGGUAUAUUCCAAUUUUGCAGUUGGAUUCGAUAAUAUCGAUAUACCUGCUGCAACGAAGCAUGGUAUUCCUGUUGGCAAUACUCCAGGAGUGCUUACGGAAGCAACUGCUGAGAUGGCGGUCUGUUUGACCUAUGCAGCAGCACGUCAUCUUCUUGAGGCCAAUCAAUAUCUUAUAGAGGGCAAAUAUAAAUCCUGGCUUCCAGAUUUAUUUCUUGGACAACAAAUUUAUCGCAAGAAACUUGGUGUGAUUGGAACGGGACGAAUUGGAAGUGCAUAUGCCUUAUCGAUGGUUCGAGGUAACCUGAUGGAUAUAGUUUACUACGAUAAAUUUACAAAUAAGAAAAUGGAAGAACAACUUGAGCAGUUUAACCAAUAUUUGAAACAAAUUGGAGAAAAGCCUAUCGAAUAUAAGAAUGCAUCUUCCAUGGAACAAGUUAUUCGAGAGGCCGAUAUUUUAAGUCUUCAUCCCAACUUGGAUAGUUCCACAUAUCAUUUGAUGAAUGCAGAACGUUUGAAGUUAAUGAAACCAAGUGCGAUUUUGAUCAACUGUGCAAGAGGUCCCAUCAUUGAUGAGGCAGCUCUAGUGGAACAUUGCAAACAAAAUCCUGGUUUUGCUGCUGGUUUAGAUGUUUUUGAACAUGAACCAGCGCUUGCCCCGGGUCUAAAAGAUCUUCCAAAUGUUGUUAUAGUUCCUCAUAUCGCAAGUGCUACAUUUUGGACCCGUUCUGCAAUGGCAACCAUAGCAUCCUUAAACGUUGCCUCUAUUUUAAAAGGAUAUCCUUGCUGGUCUUCAGGCGAUAUGACUCCUUUUGUUGGAGAACCUGGUGGAAAUGGUGAGUCACCUUCUCAAGUUCCACCUCAGGCAGCUCCGAGUAUUUUAAACGCAAAGGAGCUGGGAUUACAGUCGCUGCAACCAUCAAAAGCUGCUUUGUAGUUGACAACAGUAAAACUUGGGUAUUGCUUUCAUAUGCUUUAUUACAAUGUGACAGUGUUAUCCAACACUCGUCUUUCUUAACGAAAAAUAUACAAAACGGAAUGAAAGAUACUACAAACGACAAAUCCCAAAUAU